AUGGCGUCGGCGCAGGCGCCGUCCUCCGCCGCCGCGCCGUCGCGCAAGGAUCAUCUCGAGGCCGGGAAGAAGCGGCUCGAGCAGUUCCGCAAGAAGAAAGCGGCGAAGAAGGCCACUGCAGCUAGCGCAGAGCAGGCAAAAGCGCCUGCUCUUGAUGUAGUGGAGAGCCUUCCUCCAAUUGCCAAUACUGGUAGCUUGGAAGAUGGGCCGGUGUCUGAUGUAGAGCCAAACCAAGCGAGCACGUCUUUGGUGCCAUCAGCUGUAUAUGAGAAUGGCCCAGUGAGUGCUUCCAGAGGUGCAGAAUUCCCGUCAAAUGGUCCUGUCACUGUAAAUACUUCUGUUGGUGUUAGUAAUGUUAGACCCCAGCAAGAUGCUGUUAGUGAUGGAGGAAGUAAGUUCUAUGGGAACUUAAGCUUCUCUGACCUUGUUAAUGGUCAUCAUGAGAACUGGAGAGGUGACGAAGCCCGUAAAAGGGACGAGCACAGCCCUGACAAGGAUGUGCAAUCAACAUCUAAAUUAAGUGCUUUUGGGAACAACAGCAGUUUAACUUUACCUUCUUCUGACAACGCGACGAGUUGGGGAAGAAAUUCUUUAUCAAGUCAAGUACAUGAUACCGAGCAAUCUAGUUCAUAUUCAUCCAGCACCCUUUUUGGAAAGUCUGAAAAUGCCUACACUCAGGAUUACUCCACAAACAAUGAUAUCUUUGGUCAGUUGAGAGCUACCUCCAAAGACUCUUCCCAAGUGGAGCAAUCUGUGUAUGCCAGCACUCAGGAUUAUGGCAAUGCCUUCAAUAGUUCAAGGACCCCUGAUACUGUAGAUCAUGAUACAAAUGUUGGAAUAACUCGGACAUCUGCAGAUUCCACACCUGUUAAUUUUGAAAGACAAGAUCCUUUUCUGUCAUCUGGUUAUCCAACUACAUACACUCGAUCAAGGCCAUCGUUUCUUGAUUCGAUUGGAGUACAAAGAGCCCCUCCAACAACUCAAGCUUCAUAUAGGGAGCCUGCAAAGGCUAAUCAACUAUCCAGCAAUUCAUAUUAUCAGAGUUCAUUUUUGCAGCAAUCAAAUCAACAAUCCACUGGAACUAAUGCUACAGAUAUUUCUCUUGCAUCAGAAAGUCAGAAAUAUAGUCAUGAAAAGGGGUCAUAUGGCAGCUCCAACCCUCCUGAUUUCUCACUUCCCAAAGAAGAAAGAAGUAUACAGCAUGGUAAUCAAACAUUCCAAAACUUCACAACUCAUGGGAAAGAUGAUGAUUUUGCAGCAUUAGAGCAGCUCAUUGAAGAUUUGACAAAAGAGAAGUUUUCCUUACAACGUACUGUUCAGAAAUCUCAAGAGCUAGCAGAAACUUUGGCCACAGAUAACUCUGCAUUAACUGAUAAGUUCAACCAGCAGGCACAUAUAAUCAGCCAAUUGACAUCUGACAUGGAGAGAUUGCAGGAAGAAAUUCAAGCUCAACUGCUGGCGCUGGAGUCUGUCAGGACCGAGUAUGCUAAUGCACAACUAGAAUGCAAUGCUGCAGAUGAGAGGGCAAAAGUGCUUGCAGCUGAAGUCAUUCUACUAGAAGAUAAGGCUUUGAGACUGAGGUCAAGUGAGCUAAAACUUGAAAAGGAAAUCGAAGGUUUACAUUCUGAGAUUUCUUCUUACAGGCGCAAAGUUUCUAGUCUAGAAAAGGAGCGCCAGCAUCUCCAAUCUACUGUUGAAGCUCUUCAAGAAGAAAAGAAGCUCCUAUACUCUAAAUUGAGGAACAUUCCUGUGAAUGAGAGGCCAACAACUACUGUAGAGAAACCUUCAGUUGAUAAAAGGGAUGCAUCUACGGCAACAGAGGAUUUAGAUACUGGGGAGCUCAGCUCUUCAGAAACGCUGACCAGCACUGUUGACACAUUGGAAGAUGCUGGAAUUUCUGUUAGGCGUUCCAACAUUACGUCUGAUUUUCCUUCCUUGGAAGAGGUCUCAUCUAGCAUUCCGGAUGAUCAGCUUAGAAUGAUCGACAACAUCAAUUCUUUGAUGUCAGAGUUAGCAGUGGAGAGAGAGGAGCUGCUGCGAGCACUGAGAAUUGAGUCAUCCAACUGCUCCAAGCUGAAGGAGUUGAAUAAGGACCUAACACAAAAGCUGGAGAUUCAGACACAGAGGCUUGAACUAUUGACUUCUCAAAGGAUGGCUAACGCGAAUGCCCUGGCAAAACCAAUUGACACCCGCUCCAUCAAUGAUGCAGCAAUUUAUGCGGAUGAAGGAGAUGAGGUUGUUGAACGGGUGCUUGGCUGGAUAAUGAAGCUCUUCCCAGGAGGGCCAAAGCGGCAAACCAGCAAACUUUUGUAA